GAGCAUAUUCUCAUACUCCCAGUGCCUACGUACCUUGGUUUAUCCCCUGUCUUCCGUGGAACACUGUAUUUUUAUGGUCAGUUUGUAAGACAAACGGCGAGAUACUCACGCACGUCCCGGUGCCAGUGUGGAUGUGGAAAUGUGUGAAGUACUUCUUGAAUACCGAUGAUGAUGAACUCUUGAUCAAGCUUGAUCAUGAAAACAUCGUGUUCAUCGAUGGCCGCUCCAAGAAUAGCAGAUGACACGGAUGUCGAAACGAUGUAAGAUAACAAGGGAUUUAAAGCUGCUAGCAAAGCGAAGGGACCGCGAACUCAAUGCCUCAUGGCUGCCACAAGGCUUGUGUUGGCGAAAUGCAGAACGGAGGCGCUGAGCUGUCUUGGAUUAGAUUGGAUAUGUUUCUCUGCUAGAUUUGCUCAGAUCACUACCAAGCCCAUCCAAUACAUACCAGAGACUGCCAAGUCCAUCCGCGUACUGUUAUCCGCUGCUCCCAUGUACAUAUGGAAAUGUUCUUGACACACGCCUGGCGACUACUGGCGCAAUACGCGAGUACAUAAGAGGCCUCCUCAGAAAUACUGGCCAA